AGGGGGCCACACUCAGUGACAGUGACACCGGGAAAGUCUGACACAGGAUGAAUCAUACCUUAUGAUCCUCGGAACUGAAUAUCCAUGAGAAGUGUCCAACAGCAGUAGAGCUGACGGAGUCAUGGAGGAAGAAGAGGACAUGGCCUCUGUAUCAAACAAACACUUUUUCCGAGAUCAGCUGUCUAGAGUUCGUCCUGAGCUCAUCAAGAGAAUAACGGGAGCUGUUCUGAAAGGUCUCUUGGAUAAACUUCAAGCCCACAGCCCUCCUGUGAUAAAUAAUGAAGAGGCAAAGGAGAUCCUGCAGAGAUCCAGUGUGGAGCAGGACCAAGUCAGGUACCUGGUUGACGUGGUGGAUAAGAAGGGAAACAAAGCAUGUGAAGUUUUGCUGUCGUACCUUAAAGAAAUGGACAACUACCUCUACCAACACCUAGUUUCACCUACUGACAAAGAAAGAGAUGUGAUGGAAAUGUCUUCACUGAAAGAAACCCUUCAGCGCAUCUCCAGAAAAAAGUUUGCCUUGAUAUCUCAAGAGCUAGAGACAGGGAAGAAACAGAAACUACAGGACAUAUUCACAGACCUUUGCAUCAUAGAAGGUCCUGGAGGGGUCAACAAUGAACAUGAAUUGUCUGCAAUGCGUGUGAGACUAGAUGAGACGAGAACCACCUCUGGGAGCAUGAAAAUGGUGCAGUUAUCCGAUCUAUUUUCAGACCACUAUCGUACUGGGGAACCUGUUAAAAGAGUCUUGACUCUUGGAAUAGCAGGAGUGGGGAAAACAGUGGCUGUGAAGAAGUUUGUCUUGGACUGGGCAGAGGAAACAGAAAGCAAAGCUAUACACCUGGUUUUUGUGCUUCCAUUUAGAGAGCUGAACAUGUAUAAGGAUAGGGAUUACAGCCUUUUUGACCUUCUACAGAAAUUCUACCCUGACAGUAAAGAGCUGAUCAAAGCCUUUGGAUCAAAUAAGACUCUAAUUCUCUUUGUCUUGGAUGGUCUGGAUGAGAGUAGGCUAGAACUCUUCAAAACUUACAUCAGUGACCCAACAGAAAAAGUCCCAGUUGGAGUUCUUAUCUCGAGUCUGAUAAAAGGUACCCUGCUGCCAUCUGCACUCAUCUGGGUGACAUCAAGACCUGCUGCUGCCAAGAAGAAACUCCAAGAUCUCUUUGACCUUGUGACCGAAAUUCAAGGUUUCAGUGAAGAGAACAGAAAAAAGUAUUUUGAAAAGGUAAUUCCAAACAGAUCCAAGGAAAUCUUAUCACAACUUAGAAAGACAAGAAGCCUCUAUAUCAUGUGCCAUAUUCCAGUCUUUUGUCAUAUCACGGCAAUAGUGCUGGGAGGAAAUCAAGGGAAGCAAUGUCAGGAAAUGCCCAAAACGUUGACAGAGAUGUAUGCCCGCUACUGUGUUCUUCAAAUAACAAGAAUGAAUGACAAGUACUCCAAACAAGAAACUGAGAUGUGUGCAAAGGCAAAAGAAGAAGAAACUGAGAAAAAGGCAAAAGAUGACUUCCUCAUUAAACUUGGCAAACUUGCCUUCAAAUAUCUGGAACGAGACACUCUGAUAUUCUACGAGAAGGACUUGAGAGAUUGUGGCAUUGAUGAAGAAUCAGGAACAAUACAAGCAGGACUUUGUACACAGAUUUUCAGAGAGGAAGCUGCCGAAUGUGGAAGAAACAUGUUCAGCUUUGUGCACUUGAGUGUACAGGAGUUCCUGGCAGCCCUUUACAUGCUCCACAUGUAUGCUACUGACCAAACUAAUCUCUUCAUGACAACUUGGCCUCAAAAGGUGAAGUGGUUCUUCAAUAAAUCAAGAUUCAACCUCUACAAGGGUUGCCUGGAUAGGGCUUUACUGAGUGAGAAUGGCCAUUUGGAUCUUUUUGUGCGCUUCCUUCUUGGACUGGCACCUUUGUUGGAGCCUAAAAUCAGGUACCCCCUGAAUGUGAUUCUACCACAUCUGUCAGAGAAUGUCAAGGAAAUGAGCAUCGCCAAAACAGUUGAUGACAUCAAGAGGCAGAUCAAUGAGUCAAACUCAACAGAACGGAUCAUUAACCUCUUCCAUUGCUUGAAUGAGCUUGGGGACAACUCAAUGGUUGAGGAGAUUGAAAGAUACAUGAGCUCAUCAGCUGAGAAGAACCUGACGCCGGUCCAGUGCUCAGCUCUGGCUUAUCUUCUGCUCAUGUCAGCUGAGGUCCUGGAGGAGUUUGAUCUGAAGAAAUAUCUCAGAUCAGAUGAAGGCCUGCACAGGAUGCUUCCUGUAGUUAGCAUUGCCCAAAGAGUUCAGCUAAAUCAGUGUCAUCUCUCCAAAUCAAGCUGUGGGAUGGUGGCAUCUUCUAUUCAAGGGCCACAUUCUAAUCUGCGAGAAUUGGACAUGAGUGACAAUAACCUUUAUGAUGAAGGAGUGGAGCUUCUCUGUGAGGGACUGAAAGCCCCACAAUGCAAACUGGUUACACUGAGACUUAAUGGCUGUAAGUUCACAGAGAAGUCCUCUAAGGCGCUGGCCGAAGUUCUACAGUCACCAAACUCCCUAACAGAGAUGGACCUGAGUGGAAAUGACCUGGGGGAUUCUGGAGUUCAGCUUCUCUCUAAGGGAUUAGCUAGUCCCCACUGCAGACUGCAGACAUUAAGACUUAAUGGCUGUAAGCUCACAGAGAAGUCCUCUAAGGCGCUGGCCGAAGUUCUACAGUCACCAAACUCCCUAACAGAGAUGGACCUGAGUGGAAAUGACCUGGGGGAUUCUGGAGUUCAGCUUCUCUCUAAGGGAUUAGCUAGUCCCCACUGCAGACUGCAGACAUUAAGGCUCUCCUUGUGUCUCAUCUCAGAGAAGGGUUGUGCAUUUCUAGCUGCAGCUCUGACCUCAAACCCCUCCCACCUUAAAGAGUUGGAUCUGAGCUACAAUCAUCCUGAAGAAUCCGGACUGAAGCUUUUAUCUGCUAGAUUGGAGGAUCCUCACUCUAAACUGGAGAUACUGAAACUUAAUGGCUGUAAGUUCACAGAGAAGUCCUCUAAGGCGCUGGCCGAAGUUCUACAGUCACCAAACUCCCUAACAGAGAUGGACCUGAGUGGAAAUGACCUGGGGGAUGUAGGAGUUCAUGUUCUCUGCAAGGGUCUGUCUAGUCCCCACUGCAGACUGCAGACAUUAAGGCUCUCCUUGUGUCUCAUCUCAGAGGAGGGUUGUACAUUUCUAGCUGCAGCUCUGACCUCAAACCCCUCCCACCUUAAAGAGUUGGAUCUGAGCUACAAUCAUCCUGAAGAAUCCGGACUGAAGCUUUUAUCUGCUAGAUUGGAGGAUCCUCACUCUAAACUGGAGAUACUGAAGUAUGUGCCCUAGGGUGAA